UUUGUCCCACCAACGAGAAUAAACACCAAGAAAGUGUGAACUUUCUCCUUAAAGUCAAGGGACAGUAACAAGGCCUCCAGCAACCCAACGUCAGGCGCGCGAGAGCCACGAGCCUCGGCGGUUGCCUCGUGGAACCGCCCCUUCUCGCGCCACCGCGGCGCCUCAGAGUCCGAAGCCAGGCCCCCUUUUUUUUCACGCCUUCCUGAGCUCCGCUCUUCGCGCCUAAACCACUUUGAUUCCGGGCUCUCGAAGCCGAACUCUAUAAACACUUCGUCCUCUGAGGUAUCCAUCCCGUGGAGCGGGAACGUGGGCUUCGCUUUUGGGCCAGCGCCGACGUCUCGCCUCCCUCAGGUCGCGUCGCUCCUCCUGAACGCCUCGCUGUUCCGCCCCUUCCCUCAAAACCCGGCCCCCUCCCUCGCCUUGGCUCCUCCUCAGGGUCUACGCUGUGAUGUGAGAAAUAGUGGCUGCAUGGAUCAGAGCUGGUUCCAGUAUUUGAGAUGGACUCCCUCAGCACCUAGCUCCCUCAGUGUCAACAUUAAUACUUACAGAGAUGAAGAGGGGAAACUAUUUCCUGUGUUAAAAAUAGAAUGGAAAGUGGCUACUGAUGCAAGUAUUCAGUACCUCAGAGGGGCAGAAUUGACGGUGCUACAGGUGAGCACUAAUCGGCAGCUCUGUGUACAGUUUGACUUCCAGGAUAGCCUCUCUUUCCAAGUCCAUCCAAAAGAUGGAGGCCGGUGGCAUUUUUCUUUCAACCAAUUUCAAGUACAACCAGGUCAGAUGUACAAUGUCACUGUCCAUCAUUUGCCCAAACUGAGUACUGUAGGAGACGAUAACUCGAAAUCUAGGUCAUUCCGUGUGCCAGACUGCACAGAUUCCAUCAUGAAAACAACAGCACCAUGUGUGGAGAUAGCUAUUUUCUCUUCAGGCAGUCUUUGGGAGCCCAGAAUUAAUGGGAUUAGCCUACCUGAUGAUUCUGUGUUGGUCAGCUUUAAUCCAGCUGUGGAAGCAAUCAGUUACUUCAUCCAGGUGAUCAGUUUUCAAGAAGAUGGAAAUGAAUGUAAGAGGACCACAAAACAAAUCUCAGAGGAGGGACUGCAGCAGCGCCUGAAUGUCACAGUCAAGCUAGAGAGAAAUUUGAAGAGUUGUUGCAAAUACCAAGUGGAGAUCCAGCCAUUCUUUAUAGCUUGUGAUACAGAUUGUAUGAGGCAUUCAGGUUCCAUUCCGUGCCCCCAGCCUACAAUAGGCAAUACCCCAACGAAUAAAACUGAUCAUCUUUCAGUGGCCCUGCCUUUGGCCCUCACCCUUAUCUGCAUUUUGCUAGUUGGUUCAGCUGUCACUUUAGCCAUCUGCAUGGCUCGAAAGCAAAAAGUAACAAAUUCUAGAACAAGCAAUACUGAUGGACCAGAGGAUGAUAUCCUUCCUGUGUUACAGUCACUUUCACCGCUGAAGCCCCGUAAAGUUUGGAUUGUGUAUUCUGCUGAUCACAAGCUCUAUGUAGAUGUUGUGAUGAAGUUUGCUCAAUUCCUGAUUACAGACUGUGGUACAGAGGUAGUCCUAGACCUCCUGAAUGAACGUCAGAUAUUUGAGAUGGGCCCUAUAUGCUGGCUUACUCGGCAAAAGCAUGAAAUAGAAAAUCUGUCUUCCAAAAUUAUUAUCUUGUGUUCCCGCGGUACCCGUGCAAAAUGGCAGGCCAUGCUUGGAUGUGGGGAAAUAGUUGUGUCUCUUAAGCAAGAUACCCUGCUGCCAUUAGGAGACAUGUUCACUCCGGCACUGAAUCUAAUUCUACCAGACUUUAAGCAGCCAGCUUGCUUUGGCAUGUACCUUGUUUGCUAUUUUGAGGGCAUAAGCAAUGAAAAAGAUAUUCCAGAUCCAUUCAAUGUCACCUCCAAGUACCAACUGAUGGACAAGUUUGAGGAAGUUUACUUCCUAAUACAGGAUUUGGAAAAGUUUGAGCCAGGACGCGUCCAUCGGAUUCCAGAAAUCUCACCUGAAAAGUACAUUGAAAGUUCCAGUGGCAGACAACUGAAGGAAGCACUGCAGACAUUCCAGAAAUGGCAGGCUGAACACCCUGACUGGUUUGAAAGAGAGAACACCUGUUCUGAGGCUGAGGAGGACCUGCAAUCCCUGAAUGAAGAGCUCUCUGAGGCAUUAAUACCCGUCAGGGAAGGAAUUCUGAAAAAUCAUCUGCUUCCACAAGAACCUGAUCCUAAUAACUGUUGCUUGAUCAACCUAUUGGCCAGUGAGGGUGAAUUGGGAGCCUGUAAAUUGUUGCCCCAGCAUGUAUCACAAGAAGAUUUAGCAUUCCAGACCCUUGUCAUUCCUGCUGACGAGACCUCUGAGAUUCAGCAGGUAAUGCCUGUUGACCUUGCAACGGAGCAAGAAAUACUUAGCCAUCAACUGUUGACCAAUGAAGACUGGCUGGAAAGAAUGCCUAUGAUAGCAACUAGCAUCCCAAAGAGGAACAGUGUCAUUCUUCAAGAAGAUGUAUCCUCAGGUCCCCAACCCCUGCCAGCUAAUGUGAGGCAGCAGCUAAAGGGAUUAAUGUACUCUCUGUAUCAACAAAGUGUUAUUCCAUCUGAUCCACCUUUUUGCCAAGAAGGUGUUAAUGAGCAGCAGGGCUUGGUUUUUGAUGAGUCAUGCAAAGUUCAAAGACAAUCAGUGCAGUCAGACCAGGGUUACAUUUCAAGGUGUUCUCCUCUGCCUUCUGAUAGCCCUGUAGAGGAAGAGGAAGAAGACCAAGCACAGGAAGGGCAUGAAUCUGCUGGAUCCCUCUCACCAAAUAUACUGGACAGUCUUAAAAGUCUUCAGCAACAACUGCUUUUCCAGGAUAUUCAAAUGAACUUCAGCUAGAAUAAGAUGGGAGGGAAGAUGGAGAUGCCAUCACUCUCUGCCUGGAUCUCGUUCAGUGAUUUUCCAGAAGGACUGUUGGUUUUGAUUACAGGAUUCUGGAUAUCCUUUGACAACCUGUGUAUCCUUAUAAUACACAGCUUUGUGAAGUCUAAUGGGUAGAGGAGGUGACUGUUCUCUGCCAUUUGGCAGCUAGGCUAACCUGUUUGCCCAUCACUCCUUAGCACUUAUCCCAUCUGGCUACAGUAUUUGUGGACCAUCCUUGUGCUUAACUUCUGAUAAAUUUCAUUGGAUUAUUUGGAAUGAUGGCAUUGUAAAAGAGAAAGAAGACUCUCUCUUUCUACGUGGUCUCUGUUGCAUUUAUACAAAAUCAGAUUAUUACCUAAUAGUGUGACUGCAUAGUUGAUCAUUGGAAGAACAAAUGCUAAACAUAAGCAACCUGUUUUUCAACUUCAUUUGUAGCAGUUGUAAAAUCUUCAUCAUGUUUUAUCCUUUCUUAGUCUUCUUCCUGAAUGGAAAUGCCCAGCACACUUCAACUGUGUUUCUGUUUUUAUCAUUGAGGUUGUCUUUUUGCUGUGCUCUUUUAGCUCUAGGGAAAUGAGAUUACACUCAGAUUACUGUACAUAGUUCUGGUGAUCAACCAUAUGUAUUACAAGAGGUUUCUUGGUUUUCUGGCCAAUUGUGUAAAAUAUAACUUUGCUAUAUUAUCAAUCUUUUCCAAAAUAAUCCAAGCAUAUAAUGUUUCUUUUUCAUUGCUGUUACACACUGAGAUGAUGUUUGCACUGAACAUUUCACAACCACAUAUUUCCCAAAUACUUUUCCUUAUUAAUUUACCUUAUUUUUCGCUCCAUAAGACACACUUUCCCCCCCCCAAAUAGGGGGGGAGAAAGUAUGUGCGUCUUAUGGAGAGA